UCAGUGGGUUGUUUCCGGGCCGCCGGCGAACGGUUCGCCUGCCGGGACUGGCCGGUCGGCCGGUCGGACCGGUGACUAGUCACUGUCAGUGUCUCCGAGCGGCCGGUGCUGAGAGGAACGGUGUCUGAGAGAGAGCGUGCUGAGACCGAUACCGGACGCUGCGACCGCGAGCCAGCCAUGCCGGAGGAGGAGGUGACAGACGGCGCGGUCGGCGCGUUCGUCCGCCGGCUGAGUCGGCGCAUCAAGCGGGCGGCCAUGGCCUCAGACGCGGCCACUGUGCUCGGCCAGGUGACCUGGUCAGAAGAGACAGAGCCGCUGCGCGAGCUGCUCAAACGCCAGCCGGCGCCGCUGCUGGUCAAAGUGGCCAAGGGCCAGUACCUGAGCGCGGCGCCCGGCGGCGCGCUGCUGCUCACUUCAGCCGGCCGCCGGCGCCGCCUGCUCGCCCAGUCGGUGAAGUUCAAGGAUAGUCGCCGACUGGCGCCGCUCGGCCCCAAACUGCUCGUGCCGGACUCGUUCGAAGGUCUGUUUGAGAUCCUCUCUGAGGAGGGUCGCUCCGUGCGCGCGAUCGAGAGUGUCGCUGAGUUGGUGCGCCGUUUUCCCGACUCCUGUAUCGCGCGCGAUAGCUGUAAGGCGUACGUCUCCAAGUCGGACAAUGUGGAGACGAUCACGGACCGAUCGCGCACCAUUCAGAGCGGUGAGACGCUGGUGCUGGUUGGAGAGGUGGUGAGACCCCGCGGCCGCGGCCAGUCGCGUUUCCUACGCUGCUUCGACGCCAGUGGCGAGAACGUCUACUUGCCUCACGAGCAGCGUGUGCGCUUCAGCGCCGUGGCCAAAGAAGAAAACAUCAGUGGUGUGCAUAGCGUGGCUAAUCUGCUCAACAAGCGGCUGCCGCUCAACGUGAGGAUGAUCAGCGGCCGGGCGCCGGAGCUGACGCGGCUCGGCAGCGGGGUGCCGCCGUUCGCUCCCGAGCUGCGGCUCCACACCACCUUCGACGAGGACAUGGUGGUCGCCUCAGCUCUGUCCAGGGACGGCGCGCCGCUGCCGCUGCCGCCGACGGCGCCGCUGCGGGUGCACACGGCCACCAACACGGAGCAGCUGCUGGGACUGGCCGAGUUCGGCCGGCUGCGGGAGCGCGCCGAGGCCGCCUGGGCGGAGGUCGCAGACAGGAUCCAGCCGUUCGACCUGACCCUGCCGCCCGAGCCGCGACCCGACUCCAAGGGGCGCGCGCCGCGGCCGCGCGGCUACCGUCGCUCCAUGACCUCACCCAUGUCGCGUAUCACGAGCCGACACAGCGGCGAGCCGACUGACGAGUACGACGAGAUCGACCAGAUCUACGACUACGUGCGAGGAUUCGCGCCGCUGCCGCGCGGCCUGCGACAGACGGUGAUGGGAGGCGGCGCGUCAGAGCGGCGCUCCGACCCGGAGCCUGCGGCGGCGGCCGACAGCCCUCCAGAGCCGCCGCCCAUCGAGACCAUCCCCUCGCGGAGGUCGGGCCACCCCUCGCCGCACUCGCCGCCGGGCGCGCAGCGUUCGUCUCACCCGCCGUCGCGGCCGGUGAGUGGCGAGGUGAGACACCCCGGUGUGUUUGUGGCGAGUCUGGAGCGCGUGGGCGCCCGGUCAGCUCCCCGUGACCGGCGCGUGGCCGAGAAACGCACCCGUGAGCCGUCCAAACCGCAGAAGAAGAGCAUGGCCAAGGAUGAGAACAAACAGUCAAUAAAACUGUUUGCCAAGAGCGGUAACGCCAAGCCGAAGCCGCGCUUCUUUCGGCACAAGAGCGCGUCACCGCUGAAGAACAGCGGGGUGUACUACCCUCUGACUGGCUCGGCGCAGUCGACCGGUCCCUCGCCCAUCUUCAACAUACGCUAUAAGUCACUCAACAACCUCGCGAUGGACGUUGACACGCUCAACUCGAGUAAUUCAGGCGGUAAGACGUCCGGAGACUCCGGCGACUCGGCCGUCAUCAAGGCCAAGCUGCCCGAGAAGAAGUCCAAGAAGCUCGGCCGGCCCAAGUCCAUGUCGAAUCUCCUCUGGGACGCCACCAACAAACUGGCGCCGGCCGUCGAGAUGUACGUGAAGCCUAGUGUAGCAGGUGACCAGGAGAGGACCGUCAAACUGGAGCCGGGCGUCUACAAGCGGCGGAAUUCAACAGUCAUGCUCAACAACAAGUUUAAUAGUCAAAAGAAGGUCGGCACACUCUAUUUGUAAGGUGGCGACAUUCCGUGCUUUCCGCUGCUGCUGCCAUGUCCUGGCCGGGCCGCUGUCUGGGACGGUCGUGAGGUCAAAGGUCACACCAAGGUCGUCAGAGGUCGACCUCAGCGCGACAGUGCCAGCGUCCAAAAGUCGAACGUUCAGUCAGCCUCAUGUGAUCGCGUCGUCCGCAUCUCCUGCUCUUCUCUCAGCCCUGAGCAGAGCUCCGUGAAAUUGCGUGUAGUGAGAACCAGCGUGUGUGUUUGUGUGAGUCGGGGAGUAUGAGUUGACGGUGAUUAGAACGACACGGAGCGUUCUGUUCAAGUCCUCGGGACUCAGUGUUAUGAAGGAGCACCAGACAUGAUGUGCUCUGAGGGAACAGGGGGCACGUCUGUUGUGCAGCCGAGGUAUCAUAUCAUUGCCCAAGUGUUGUUCGUUGUGUAUAUAGUAUAUGUAGACACUUAGGUGCCGUGUUCUCGGCGAUGUAGCCAUGCUAUUCUGGACCACGGAGUGUUGAUCCCACUGUUCCACGGGGGUCGGAGGGCCGACGACUUGGCCGCAUAUCCGCCGCAGAUAUACCGCUAAAGUCGCCGGCCCGUGCCAAAUGCGGCCCCGGCCCGUCUCGUCUCUCCGUGUGGGGACUGCUGCGCCGAGUACUGGAUUAGAUGAGCGGCGAGCGGGCAGAGAGCGGCGUCGACAGCCCCGGGCAGCUCCGUCCGUAUCGCUGCUCUGUUAUGUGUAAACGCCAUGCGAUAAUAUAUGACCACUGAACGAU